ACGUUUAGGAAAUAGUGCAUAAAGUGUUAUGUGAAUAGGUUGAAGUCAACGUUGUGGCACAGAAAAUGGGAAAAAUUUCAAUUUUUUACACUUGUCUGAUGUUUCUUGGUGGUCUAGCGUACGUUCUGGCAAUUUCGUGUUACAAAUGUGAAAAUUGUCCUCACAUUACUGAAUCAACAGAAUUGGUCGAAUGUGUAAGUUGCGCGAUAUGGAAAAAUGAAGUUGGUGAUGUUUAUCGUGGAUGUUAUUCUGGAGAUGUGAACAUAGUUAUGGCAUGUCCAGAUGAAACUUGUAACAGUGCUCAUGUUCCCAUUUGCAUGAAAUGUUCAACAAUUACUGAUUGUUCUACAGUUGCAUGUAACAUUGGCGAUGAAUGCUACUUCGGAAAAACUGACGAAAGCAGAGGCUGCACAUCGGAUGAAGACUAUGACAGCGGUGACGAAAGCUUGAAAACUUGUUCGGAAGAUCUGUGCAACAAAGUUGCCAGUUGCAUUGUAUGUAAUUCCUUGACGCCCGAACAUCAGGAUUGUCUCACCAAUCCAGAAAAGUUUCGUCAACAUUGCACCCUACAUGGCAUUUAUGGGGAAAAUAAUUGCUUCCGGCAGGAAGUUAACGAAAACGAAUUUCAUUUGGGUUGUACCAGUGAGUUUGGUACUCCCGAUUGCGUGGAAUCACCGUCCGAUACAUGUAAAACAUGUGCCGAUGAAUAUUGUAAUCAGAAAGCAUUUCCAUCGUGCUAUAUUUGCAAUGAUUGUAGAACGAUUGCGGAGGAAAAUCCACCCGUAGAUUAUUGUGUGGAUUAUUAUGACAAAUGUUAUACUGCCUAUGAUCACGACACAAAAUUAACAAAACGUGGCUGUUCGGAUGGAUUGGUUUUGGAAGAUAUUUUUGAAACGUUUGAACCGUGUAGCGACGUAAACUGUAACGGAAAAGAAUUCCCUGUGCACUUGCGAUGCCAUCAAUGUGAUAGUUGUGACCAUAGUGGACCAAGCGAUUACUGUCGUAGUACUCAGGCAGAAAAAUGUUUCACCCUUCUUCUAGAUGAAGUAGUGAUACGGGGAUGUGAUACAGAUAGUCAGUUUGAGCAAUGUACGGAGGAUUCGAAGUGUGAAAUUUGUAGGGGUGACAAUUGUAACGCUGAAAAAAAUUGUUACAAAUGUGAUGAUUGUCUGACAGUAGAUGAGGAAACGGAAAAAUGUUACUCAUUGCUAGGAUGCUAUACGUUACAAAGUUUGGAUUCUGAUUUGCAAAUUAGUCGGGGCUGCGUAGAAGACGAGAACUUUAAGAAUUGUGUAGAUGGCAUCAAUUGUCGAACCUGCGUGGGCAACGACUGUAACGUUGACGAAACUAGAACAGUACCUUUGGUGUGUUCCUUCUGCUCAGGACUAGACUGUGGAGAUUACAGUCCUCCUAAGAACUGCACAAAUAGUGUUGGACGGUUAAUAGAUCUGUGUGUGGAUAUUGCUUCUGUUCUUACAGGGCUAAUAUUUAAGGGUUGCUUCAGCGAUGGUAUUCCAGAAGAAUUCGAAUUGGAUUGCUACACUAACAAGCGAUUUUGCGAGACGUGUGAAAGUGACUAUUGUAACACGCCCGUUUUGCAAUGUUUACAAUGUUCGACCACCGAGCAAGGAAUUGACUGUAUUGUAAAUCCUGAACUCAUCAAUUCCGAAGAUUGCCAGCCGGGGGAUGCUUGUGCCACGGGAUUGGAUGAUAAAGGGCACAUUCAUCGAGGCUGCGCUACGAAAGUUUCGUGUGACGGACCGCACUGCGAGUUGUGCGAUGAUAAGCACAAAUGUAAUACAGCAGUUAUACCUACAACAAGAUCCUACUGCUAUCAAUGCGCGGGUGACGAAAACUGCUUGAGUACUAAUAAUCUUGAACCAUCACCAUGUAUAACCUAUGACGAAAACGAUUUUUGCUUCACACUCGUUAAAGAUAGUUCGACGGUUUACCGUGGCUGCAUGUCAGAUGAAUUUAAGGAGUGUACCGAAAGCAUAUUUUGUAUCCCUUGUAACGGCGAGAUCGGUUGCAAUAAUCAAGAACCAACGAUUCCGAAUGCAUUAUCGUGCAUCCAUUGUGACGGGGAUAGCGAGUGUAGAGGAAUGGCAUUUGGAACUCCAUGCGAAAAGCAACAGCUUCUGGGUCGUGUAGAUCAAUGUUACACUCUCAAAUACCUGGACUUGGAGAUCGAAAAAGGUUGCCUGUCUGAUCUAAGCAUCGAAAGCUCCUGGUAUAGUGAUUGUCUGGAGAAUAAUGACAAGUGUUCUACUUGCUCAGAUCCCCUGGUUGACUGCAAUCGUGGACAUUCUUUGUGUCAUAAAUGUAAUUCCAAAGACGAUGUGGAUUGUUCUCAAAUUGUUAACAAAGAAUAUGUAACUCAAUGUGAAGCCGAAUGCGUAUCGAUUUUAAAUGAUGGAUACACUAUACGCGACUGUAUCGAGGCAUUUGAAGGAUUAGACGUGAGUGAAUGCGACAGUUUGCCGCAUUGCCAUGCUUGCACUACCAAGAAAUGUAAUAAUGAGAUUGUACACGAAGAUCAUCUUAUGUGUUAUCAAUGCAUGGGAAGUGAAGAUGAUUGUCUAAAUGCCGAAGAUUGGCAUAAUAAAGCCUGCCCAAGAUAUCUAGCAACAGACGCUUGUUACACACACUUUAACAGCACCGAAUGGGUCGCAAGAGGAUGUUUAUCGAACAAGGAAGACGGGUCUUGUAUAGAUGAUUGUAAAGCUUGCAGUGCGAAAGGUUGUAACAAACAAGAGGCACUUCAACCCAACACCCUAACUUGUAUCUCAUGUGAAGGAGAUGACUGCGAUGGAAUUAAGGUUGGAACAAGUUGUUCAGAGGAAGUUCUCCUAGGAAGACAGGAUUAUUGCUACACAUACGAAGAUGAACAAUCACUGCAGAAAGGAUGCGUUAGCGACUUGAAGACUAACGACAAGAUUAGGGAAGCUUGUGAAAACAACCCGGCGAAGUGUUCGAUAUGUGGCCACAGCGAUUGCAAUGGUGACUUCCAUUAUUGUGUUACUUGUGACUCCAAGAGCCAUCCCGAAUGCGGUGGCUGGAUCAAGGUGGUGCCACCAGAGCUGACGGUAGAUUGUGCUGAUAAAAAGUGCGUUUCCUAUAUUGACGACAGCAACACCACAUGGAAAGGCUGCGCCGAACUGCUGGAGCCAUGCGACUCAGACGACCCUACCUGCCGUGAAUGUACAGGAUCCAUGUGUAAUAAUGUAGCGUUUCCGGAUGAUCGCAUCCUGUGUCACCAGUGCGAAGCCUGCAAUCAAUUGCCUUCAACCCAAUUACCGGUAGCCUGUCCUGAGUAUCAGUCCAACGAAUCUUGCUACACGUACAUGAUCGACGACAUCAUCUAUCGUGGCUGCUCAUCCAUGGCCAAUAUCAAUUGCGAUCAGUUCGAGGAUAUUUGUCUAACCUGCGAUGUAUCCGGGUGUAACGAUGAACCUAAGCAACAUACCAGUACAUUGUCUUGUAUUCAAUGUUAUGGAGAAGAUGAAUGUGCGGAGUCUACACAACCGAUUCCAUGCGAAGGAUCUAUUAGCCUGGGAGAGGAAGAUCAAUGCUUUACCUUGAUGAUAAACGAUAAAACCUUGCAUAAAGGCUGUGCACGUUUUGCGGACAUUGACUGUAACGUCGAGACAUGCGACUACUCUACAUGUAAAUGUAAUGGUUGUAACUUGCGGAACAGUAAACUAUCUUCGAACAAGUGUAUCGUUUGCAACGGAGAAGGAUGUGGGGCUGAGAUUUUGGCUGCAGGUUCAACAUGCGACGACGACAUUUGCAUAACGUACAUGUCACGAGAAGGUGCAGUUUCACGAGGAUGUUUGGAAGACUUCUCCGACAAAUGUUCGGUGUAUGGAAAUCGACAUGAAACAUGUAUCGGAGCGCUAUGUAAUGCGAACCUCUUUCCAGCUGACAGAAUCAAAUGUCAUCGUUGUAACGAUUGUGCAGAAAGCAUACCGGAAACAGAGAUUUGUCCAAGAUAUGUAGAAGGAGAUGGUUGUUUCACAUCGGCAGCUGCCAAUGGAACCGAAAUAAGGCGUGGAUGUUUGUCCGAACUUUCCUCCGUUUGUUCCGAACCAAACUGUCUGCCGUGUUAUAGCAGUGGAUGUAAUAACGAAAUCGUAGAUGAUCCAAUAUGCUCAACAUCUACAACAGAUCCAACGUUGGUUACAAAUUAUACUUGUAUUAACUGUGAGGAAAGCUCUGACAAUGAACGUUGCGCAUGGGGCUACCAAUCGGAAAUGGCCGAGCGGUGCUCAUCUGACGAUGUGGAUUGUUUCACCUGUUCAGUCGACGAUCUGAUUAUUAGAGGAUGUUCAACGGACGAGAAUUUGCACAAGUGUUCCAAUGGUUCAAUUCACAUUUGUUCGGAGUCUGGGUGCAAUAAUGAAAGCCAAAAGAAACAAUAUUGCGCGAUAUGCGACGAUAUUUGUGAUGGACGCAAGCAAUCUUUUUCGACGCAACAAUGUUCAGGAAAUAUUGAGUUUGGAGACCGCGGAUGUUACGUACUGAAAGACGAUUCGAAUGUCAUUAUACAGCGAGGCUGUGUUGCGUCGCUUGAAAACGACAUUAAGGAAGAGUGCCUCAAGGGUAGUACUGAUAAAUGUAAAAUCUGUUACCCGGAUGGAUGCAAUGUUGGACACUCUUUAGAAGCGUUAAAUCGUUUGAUUGUUACAGCGGUUUUUGUACUUGUCACUUUAAAAUUAGUUUAAUCAAAUUGGCUAAAUUAUCAAUGAGACGACACUUAGGCAUUUAGAAAGUAUAUAUGUGAAGCCCCACUUGGAUGUAUUAUAAAAAAUAUAUCGUUCAACUAUCUGACAAGAUUCAAAUUCAAGUUAUCUUCCGUAAGUUCUCUUAUAUGAUGAACAAAAGUGCCUCUUCAUUCGACAGUGAUAGGCAAAUAUUAUUUGUCUGUUAAUACUUUUAAUUGGGUUGUUUAGCUAGUCACGGAUUUUUGAUUUCUAUAUAUCAGGUAUAAGAGCGUAAUUUUUUGAGCAAAACGUGAUUUUUAUUAAAUUAUAUAUCAUUGCCCUUUGAUUUUUAAAUGAAAAAUAAAAACCACUCCAAAUCGCUACAAUGACAGUUGGUAUAUGAGUGAACUGUCAUUGUAGCGAUUUCGAGCAGUUUUAAUUCGUGAUUUUACAAUUGAAGGACAACGAUAGAAAAUUUCUGAAAAUCACGUUUUGCUUAGAAAAUGGAGCUUUUUCAGAUGACAUAAAAAACUGAUAUAGCUAAACAACUCAAUAGUAACUUAUUGGUGAUCCAACGUAUAACUAAUGGAGACUAUGAGACUCCGGCAUUUGAACUUUGAAACUAGGAAAAUGAUGGUAGAUUUAAUAUUUAGACAAUCCCGAUAAUCACAGGAGACUGUUUCCCUAGCAAUAUUUGCGUGAAAUGAAUGUUCUCGACGUCAAAAACAAUGUAAUUGGUAAAAAAAUGCAGCAUCUAG